UUGGGGAGACAGGAUAAAUGGAGCGUGUGGACUUGCAAGGGACCACGACACAGGACACGAGGAAGCCACUGGCAGCUGUGCACUUUUAAAUCACAGAUUGAAAACGUAUUUCUUUAUAAUUACUUUGUUUUAGGGUUUAGUUUGUUGUUCUUCCCUCGCACCUCUAAUUAGCACGGUUGGCUACGUACGGUGCUAACGAAGUUCAACAUUACAUACAUAGACAUUCAGGAGGGCUUCUUCAUUAUUUUUUGACAGCGGCAGAAGAAUGGCUCGCCAGGCACUGUGUGGACUUCUACUCAUCCUCUGCGUCUCAUCGCUCUUGCGGAUGACCGACCAGGCGAAGAUUGCAGCAAAAAUUACAACCGUUGGAGAGGUGGUGCUACCGGCCAUGGAUGUGAACACCGCGCAGCCAUUGCAGGGCUGGGCAAGGAAUCGCACACGCAGACACACCCCGCUCUCGCUCUGCUGCUUCUGCUGCUCGUUCUGCAAGAAAUGUGGAUUUUGCUGCCGCACCUGAGCACGGGAGAAUGAGGCAGGACGCUUGGAAAGUGGGGAAUCUGAGAAGAAGAGCAUCUGGGAAGUGUGGCUCUGUGUAUACAGCAACUGUCCCCAGAUGUGUCUGCAGAUGACCAUAAUUAUUGUCGCCUAUGUACUUGAUCAAUCCACUCCUGGACGAGGGCAGUACCGGUUGGAUUUUAGUAUGUGGGGGCAGGGGAAGUUUAAAUAGUUGUUUUGCGCAGACUGUAAACACGUAAACACACCUAAUAAUUUUUGGGUGUGUUGUUUACAUUCUAUAUGAGCAAUUAAAAGUGAGGUUGUUGAACAUAAUCGCAAAAAAAUACACACAUGGACCUUAUGGCGGAACCCCAAAAUCCCAUAAGCCCCCAGCUCUCGCAUAAACAUUAUAUUAUAAUGUAAACAAACACUUUUCUUUUUCAACAAUGGGUUUGAAGAAUGGUGGCAGGUGUUGUUUUGUUAAUCUAUGCCUUUAAAACUGAAUACUACUUACCUGGAGUACCUCUAUUGAAAUACACUAUCGAAAAAAUAAUUUACACCCUCUGUCAAUCAUCGUGUUUCUCAGUGUGGAUUUGUGAACACAUUUUCUAAACAGUGCAUAAAAUAGUACGCGUUUUCUGUUGAUAUUGUAACAAGCGUUUAUACAAAUGUUACUCUACAGAGUAGUGGUUUGCCACUCCUCUGAUACGCAUCGAUACGAGCGGUAUGUGGGGACUAUGGCUUAACCGCAAAAAAAAAAACCUAUCUGCACAGAUGCAUACGGACAAGAGAAGUAUUAUCAAACUGGAGGAAUUAACGGUGCAAAACAUUUCAUCUGUUAAAUAUCUGCAGGUAAUAGAAUUGUCAUCGAUCGAUCCUGGCUGCAGACAUUGGUAGGUCACAAAUAAUAAUUAAGAGCAGUUUCACUGUAUUAUUAUGCAUCCCGUGAUGACAAAUAAAGGACUUAAGUCGUGUAGGCAGUUUGAGCAGCUUUGGAUAAGACUUAUGAUCCUGCCCAUACCCGAGCAUGAAGUUGCAUUUGCUUGUUCAGCUCUUCUGCACAUUCGUCUUCGUUGCGCUUGGACACGACACCAGAAUGAUCCGCGCCAGGUGGGUCGCUGCGUUAAUGUGCGCGUUGGGACAGUCACCAAAAAUAAAUCAAUUACGAUUUUUACUUCCCGGGGUCCCGCCAUAAGGUUCACAUAAGGUUGUUAGAAUCAAAGUACUUGUGCAGAUUGUAAACACACACAUACCGUAGGCUAUUUACGUUAUGUUUAUUGUAAAUAACACGUUUGAAUAAGCAGCAAGCAAAUGUAAGUAUAAAAACAUAAACACAAGAAGGUAUUCAGCUUAUGGACACUUAUGUUACAAUGGGACAUAAGAUAAUAAUACUAUCUCUGUUACCUGAAUUCCAUUGGUAUGCUCAUUUACCAAGGUAACAUUGUCCUUGACACAUUUUAUAUUUAGUGCAUGAAGCAGACCAUCUUAGAGCCAUAAGUUGUACAUUUAAAGUACUCUUUACAUAUCUGCUGCAGUUAAUGUGCCACUGUACGCUAUUUCAUUACGUGUUAUUGACAUGCACCUAACUACAACAUUUGUAUUCUUAAUAAAAUGUUAAAUACUG